UGAAAAUGGAGGGAAAGCGUUCAAACACACAGCCACUAACACUCAUUAGGAAAAUCAAAGGAUUUACUCGUUCCAUUGUUGAGGAUCUAGCUCGAGGUAGAACACCGUUGAUCUACAUUGAUCGGUUCAGAAAUUACUGUACUGACACUUCUGGAAAUUGCUCCUGCAGCUCUGGUUUGUCGACUGGAAAGGAAGCUAUAUCAUUGAAGAGGGAAUGCCAUGCACGUAGGCUUGAUGUCUUGUUGAGAGUCCUUGUGAUAGUUCAGCAACUUCUGCAAGAAAACAGGCAUGGAUCAAAGAGAGACAUAUAUUACAUGCAUCCUACUGUUUUUAAAGAACAAUCUGUUGUUGAUCGGGCAAUUAAUGACAUUUGCAUCCUCUUGCAAUGCAGCCGUCAUAACCUUAAUGUGGUGUCUGUUGGAAAUGGAUUGGUGAUGGGCUGGCUGCGUUACGUGGAAUCUGGGAGGAAAAUUGACUGCAUGAGCAAUCCUAAUACUGCAUUCCCGAUUCCGGUCCAUGUGGAAGAGGUUGAUGAUAUUAUUAGUGUUGCUCAGUACGUUUUAGUUGUGGAAAAGGAAUCAGUGUUCCAGCGACUAGCAAAUGAUCAGUUUUGCAAGAGGAACCGUUGCAUUGUGAUAACAGGAAGGGGUUAUCCUGAUGUUCCCACAAGGAGGUUUCUGCGUCUCCUCAUUGACAAGCUGCAUUUGCCUGUGUACUGCCUGGUAGACUGUGAUCCAUAUGGCUUUGACAUCUUAACUACAUACAAAUUCGGUUCUUUGCAAAUGGCUUAUGAUGCAACGUAUCUACGGGUCUCUGAGAUUCAAUGGCUUGGAGUAUUUGUCCAGGAUUGCAACAAUUAUAGCAUUCCGCAACAAUGUCUCCUGCCUUUGACUGCAGAAGAUAAGAGGAAAGUCGAAGCAAUGUUACCUAGAUGUUAUUUGCAAAGAGAAGUACCAAAAUGGAGGUUUGAACUGGAGCUGCUGUUGCACAAAGGAGUUAAGUUUGAGAUUGAAGCGUUGUCCGUGCAUUCAAUCACUUUCUUGUCCCACGAGUAUCUACCAUCGAAGAUCCACAGCGGAGGAUAUAUCUGAAUCUUUUCUAUCUUUGUUUGGUUCUUUAGCACGAGAAGUUCAAAGCACUUUUCUUAUGGUUGAUUAAAUCAUUUGAAAGACCAACCAAACUAGUCAUUGUUUAACAAAUUCAUCAUGUUCGUUCGUUUUGGCAAUUAAGUUUUUCUCGACAAGUCGACAAUGGUUGUGGUUAUCGAGCUACGAAUGUGCAUUGACAUUAAGCAGUUGGAUAGAGAAUGAAAUUUGUCACUAUCUCAUUCUAAGUGGUACAGUGGACUAGAUCGAAGACCCAAUUAGCCUUAAUCUCAAAAUUAUCAAUGAUAUAAGUUAAAAUUGUCGCGUUUAAUUUGUUAUGACACUACAUGGUGGCCCUUGCUUUGCCCGGGAAAGUAGAAUCGUGAUAAAGUGUAGAAGAUAACUACAUAGACAUAAGAAAU